UUUGCGGAGACCGCUCGCAGAGUAUCGCGUGUGAUGUGACCGUUAUUUCGUGUUUUUUAAUGAACCUUAAUAGCUGAAACUAAAGCUUUAAAAAAACAAGAAAUAACGGUCGAUGCUGAAGUGCCUCGUAGACUUGUAAUGGAGUGUAAACAAUAACAAAUAGAUAUUAAAAUGUGAUAGGACAGUGAACAGUGAAAUACAACAAAAUGUGCAGCAAAGAUCAGAUAACACACAUCCUUGGGAAGAUCAAUGUGGGUCUUCCAUCUUGGUCUCGCGGUCUGGAGGCGGCGGAGGCAGCGCGCGCGCGGCUCGUGCGCUGGGCGUGCGGCGAGCCGGCGCCGGAACCUGACCCGCCGCGGAAGAAGAUGCCGCACGCCCUACGACGCAGGUGGCCUAUGUGCCCCUGUCUACAGAAUGAUGAACCACCAGAGAUCACGUAUUGCGUGGUGGGCGGGGAGGGCGGCCUGGCGCUGCAGGCGGUCACUCCCACACACCCCAUGCCCUCACAGGACGAGCUGGACGCCAAGUUCGCUGAACUUGUGGAGGAACUGGAUCUAACAGCAGUGAACAAGGCGGCGAUGAUGGAGCUUCCAGCCGCCAAGAAGUGGCAGAUAUACUGCAGUCGCCGCCCACCACCGGGACAACCUUCCGCACUGGCGACCGCGCCCCAAGUUGAGGAAUACAUCAAGGCACUAAAUGAGAUAGCCGAUGCCUUUGCUUCAUCAGACAGUGCUGCACCAACUGACGCCUGUGCGCUAGUCGAUGGCCUGAAAACUGCCUUACGCACAAGAGCCCAUAGCUUUGUCCUCCGAUUCAUCAAGCAAGGAGGUCUCACCUCACUCCUUGAAGCCUUGCAGAAAGCACCAAGAGAUGCUGCAAUGACGAGGCAUAACCUUAUCGCUGGGAUUAAGGCGCUCAUGAAUAAUUCUACUGGCCGUGCACACGUCCUGGCCCAUCCGACCAGUAUCGACUUAAUAGCUCAAUCGCUAGACACAGAAAAUGUUAAAACUAAAGUGGCGGCCCUUGAAAUCCUUGGCGCAGUAUGUCUUGUACCAGGAGGACAUAAAAAGGUACUUGAAGCAAUGAUCCACUACCAAAAAUACGCGGGUGAAAGGUCUAGAUUUCAAGGCAUCGUGAAUGAGCUAGACCGUAGUACGGGUGCCUACCGGGAUGACCUAGGUCUUAAGACGGCCAUCAUGUCCUUUGUGAACGCAGUACUGAAUUAUGGACCUGGCGAGGAAAGCCUGGAGUUCAGGCUACAUUUGCGGUACGAGCUGCUUAUGUUGGGAAUACAACCUGUUAUUGAGAAAUUGCGUAAAUACGAGAAUGAGACCCUCGACCGUCAUAUCGAGUUCUUCGAGAUGGUCCGGACGGAGGAUGAGAGGGAGCUAUCUCGACGUUACGACAAGCAGCACGUCGACACGAAGAGUGCGACGGAAAUGUUCGACUUGUUGCGAAAUAAGUUGAGCCAUACCGCCGCAUACCCGCAUCUACUGUCUAUGCUCAGGCACUUGUUGUUGCUGCCAUUGGAGUACAAUCCCCACGCUCAGCACUGGUUGCUGCUGGACCGAGUGGUACAGCAGGUGGUGCUUCAGCAGCCAUCCGCUGGCAGCCGAGCCAGCAGCCACCAGGGAGACCAUCCUGAAGAAAACCCCAAGCACUAUGACCCAGAUGUAGCUCCAUUGGAAAUAAAUGUUGCCGAAAUCGUACAUUUGCUCGCGAAAGAAGAGGAACUCGUAGCUGCUCGGACCAAAGCCGAAAAUCUUGAAAAGGAAAAUGUCGACCUGGCAACGGAACUGGCUAAGAAGGAGAAGCAAGUGGACCAGCAGAGCCAGGAGCGAGAAGAGCUGGAAGGUGUGGUCUGCCGCCUCAAAGACCGCCUCGAGAGGGAAACAGCGGCCCACAUGGAGUGUACUGAAAGGGCCCGAGCCAGUGCUUGUAGGGCGCAUCAGUUGGAACAGCAGUUGAACCAAGAGAGAACGGAACGGGCAAGGUUUGAAAAACUAGUCAGCGAAGGAAGCAUACCUGAUGAUGCAAAGGUCAGCAACCUCAAAAGCGCAGUGAUCACUUGCUCCAUCCCACCUCCUCCGCCACCCCCAAUAAUUUCCAUUCCCCCUCCUUCCGCGCCCGCUCCGCCACCGGCCCCCCUUGCCCCCAUGGCCCCGGCCGCUCCGAGGCCCAAGAAGAACGUGCCCACACCAGGAAAUCCCUUGAAGAGCUUCAACUGGAGCAAACUUCCCGAUACGAAGUUACACGGAACGAUUUGGCAGGAGUUGGACGAUACGAAGCUUUACAACGCGAUUGAUUUGCACGCGAUCGACAAGAUGUUCUGCGCUUACCAGAAGAAUGGAGUUCAGAACGAGGGCUCUGUCGAAGACCUUCGGCAACUGGGUUCUAAACCGAGAACGAAGAUUUUGUCAGUGAUAGACGGAAGACGUGCUCAGAACUGCACCAUACUGCUGUCCAAACUGAAGAUGUCUGAUGAAGAAAUAUGCAGAGCAAUCCUCCGAAUGGACAGUUCAGAACAAUUACCCAUCGAUAUGGUUGAGCAGUUAUUGAAGUUCACGCCCAGUGCUGAAGAAGCCGCCUUACUGGAGGAGCACCAGGACGAGCUGGACAGCAUGGCGAGAGCUGAUCGGUUUCUUUAUGAGAUUUCCAAAAUCCCUCAUUACCACCAACGCGUCCGAACAUUACUAUUCAAGAAGAAGUUCUCGGCAGCGGUGGCCGAAGCCAGCGCACGCGCAUCUGUCGUUCUUCGUGCUGCUAGGGAUCUGACUCGUUCUAGAAGACUUAGGACUCUUCUGGAAAUCGUUUUAGCUUUGGGAAAUUAUAUGAACCGCGGUGCUCGUGGCAAUGCAUCCGGUUUCCGGUUGUCUUCUCUGAACAAGUUAGCUGAUACCAAGUCGAGUGUGACGAGGAACACCACGCUCCUUCACUACCUCGUCGAAAUGCUGGAGACACAGUUCAAAGAUGUCCUCCUCCUAGAAGAAGAUUUACCCCAUGUAAGAGCAGCUGCUAAAGUCUGCAUCGAGCAGUUGGAGAAGGAUGUCAGUGCUCUAAGGACAGGUCUUCGCGAAGUUUCCCGUGAACUGGAGUACCACGCUUCGUUGCCUGCGCCUGCGCAGUCCCACGACGCCUUUUUGUCUGUCAUGAGGGACUUCCACGCACACGCUGUAUGCUCGUUUACGCAACUUGAGGAUCUUUUCCAGGACAUGAAGAGCCGUUUAGAAGCGUGUGCGCACGCGUUCGGCGAAGAGCCAUCAGCGUCGCCUGAAUUGUUGUUCGGAGCUUUGGACAGCUUUUUGACGCAGCUGGUGGAAGCAAGGGCUGAAUGUGAUGCUACCAGGAGGAGACGUGAUGAAGAGGAGAGAAGAACUCGACAUGAACAGGAGCUUAAAAAACGUACGAUGGAGCGUAAACAGGGCUCAAGCCUGCUUGGUUCUGUCGGAAAAUCCCUCGGUAAGGACUGCAACGGACACGCGAACGGCGACACCUCACGUGACGGAACCCUCACAAAUGGCCAAAAGGGUGAGUUCGAUGACCUCAUCUCAGCUCUGAGGACCGGUGACGUAUUCGGAGAUGACGUAGCGAAGUUCAAAAGGUCCAGGAAGACCUCAAAAGCUAGUCACAAAGGACGCGAUUCCCCACCUAGAGGCGUUUGUAGGGAGGACUCGAGAGAACGGCAAAAGCGCUAAGACUGUAUUGUAUUAUUCAGGAAUGUAUUAUCGACGUAUUCUGUAUUGUAUUAUUGCAUAUCGUAUGGAUCUUGACUAAGACAGUCUUAUAAUUUGCCAGAGAUCUGCAUUGUAUACUUCGUGUAUUGCAAUAUUUGGAAUUGUUUCAACGUAUUCUGUAUUGUAUUAUUCAGGAAUGUAUUAUCGACGUAUUCUGUAUUGUAUUAUUGCAUAUCGUAUGGAUCUUGACUAAGACAGUCUUAUAAUUUGCCAGAGAUCUGCAUUGUAUACUUCGUGUAUUGCAAUAUUUGGAAUUGUUUCAACGUAUUCUGUAUUGUAUUAUUCUGGAAUGUAUUAUCGACGUAUUCUGUGUUGUGUUAUUAAUUGACUAAGACAGUUGGAAAUAUAUGUUUUAUAUAUAAAGGUCGUAUAUAAUAGAAUUAAUGCCGAGUAGACUGAUUUAAAUUUGUUGAACAAAAGUAUGGGCGGCCUAUUAACAGCAUUAUGACUGAGAUCCAUAAAAGGCAGUUCAUUAAUUUGACGUUACACCAGUGACUUAACGAAAUAUAUAUUCCCAUAAUAUAUGUGGGGAAACUUUUGAUCGUAGCGUUUAGGAAUUUUGUGAAAAUGGAUUUUGUAAUGGAUUUGAAUUUACCUUUUGGGAUCAGUGUAAUCUUAUACAAGUGAUAUAUUAGAUUAAUAUUUUGUUUGUUUUGGCGGAAUUUUUAAUCGUCACAAAAUAAUGAAAUUGGUGAUUGGAAACUUCGUUACAGUGCCAAUAUUUAAAUUGGGACAUAAUUUUUCGUGGAUACAUCAAUCAAAACCAGACCCCGUUUUGUACGUUUUUAUAAAUUUUCAUACUGACUGAACAAUUAUUAAGGCUGUAUUUCCAUAGAUUUAUUUUGCUAACACAGCAAAGGUAUAUAGUUUUUUUUUUAAAUUUUGGUAUUUGCUCAGAUAGAUUUCGUAUAACAUAGACUAUAGAGAACAGUUGCAUUGACAAUUGAAAGAGGGAUCGAAUUAUAUCCUUAAAGCUUUGAAAUAAGUACAUUCUAAAAGAAAUAAAACAUGGCUGUAUAUUGUAAACUAUAAAGUAACACAAGGCAAUACACACCCCGUUUUAAAUUAUAUCAAAACAGCUAUGAAUAUGUAUGUGACGUAUGAGUUUGACAAAGAUUUUAACCCCAGUACUAAAUUUCAUUCAAUAGUUUUAUUACGGCACCGUACAGUCAAGAGCUCUGACGUAAAUGAUUCAUUCAAAGAAUAAGAUCCUGUAGCUCUAUCAAGAGUAUUUUAUUAAUCGAUAUAAAAAAAGAAGCGGGAAGAAGAAUAAGUUUUGCGUUGAACCAGCUAAUAUGUAGAUUGUCAUACUCCGUGUCCUCUUUCAACCUGUCAAUGUCAGUGAUACAUUCUACUAUCUAUGCUUGUUGACACAUCGAAGGUUUUGACUCGCAUAAAGCCAUAGAGGUUUUAUGUAAUUGAUUAAUAAAAAUAGGACAAUUGCUAGUCUAGGCUGUAGAUUCAUAAUUGUUUCUUAUAUUGAGUGUUGAACUUUAUAGAAUUGUCAAUCACGGAGAAAUGAAUAUUGGAACUUGGGAUAUAUUCUGGUGUGUUAUAUAAGAUAUUGGAAUUGUGAAAGUUUUGAAUUGCCUAACGGUGGCAUAAUUUUGAAUAUUAACUUCGACGUUUUUGAUAUAAUUAUACAAUAUUUUUAAUCUUACAUAAUGAGAUUAAUAGUGAUUCUGUUUAGUUUUAAAUGUAAAUAUUAAUUAGAAUCUGUUACCGUGACAUGGAAUUCAAUUAUUUAUUAAAAUAACUAUAGUUUUGUCUUGUAAAUGUUUAUUAUUUUGUUCAGUAUUGC